UAGAAUUGAACAGAGGAAAGUAGCUUUACGUCACGUCGAGCUUCCCAUAACGAGGCCUUUAUCUUACAUCCACUGGUGCAGCUGAGGUGAACCGAAUAGCUGCUUCAGGAUAAGCUGGUACUUAUUGUGCAAUGUCCAUUUUCAGUUACAAUGGCUCUGCCAUCGUGGCCAUGGCUGGCAAGGAAUGCGUGGCUAUCGGGUCAGAUCUACGGUUUGGCGUUCAGUACCAAACCAUUUCGUGCGAUACGCCGAAAGUGUUUAAAAUCCACGAUAAACUCUACCUGGGGCUAUCGGGUCUUCUGACGGACGCGCAAACUUUGCACCAAAAGCUUCUGUUCAGGCACAACCUCUAUAAACUGCGGGAGGAGCGUGACAUGAAGCCGUCCACGUUUGGACACAUGUUGUCCAACGCGCUGUACGAGCGCCGAUUUGGGCCCUACUUUGCAGCGCCGGUUGUGGCAGGGUUGGAGCCUGAUGGCACUCCCUAUCUCUCUGGUAUGGACACUAUUGGCGCCAUUGAAACUGCAAAGGAUUUCAUGAUCGGGGGAACGUCGCCCGAGUCCUUGUACGGCAUGUGCGAGUCCAUGUGGCGGCCCGACAUGGAGCCGGAGGAGCUCUUCGAGACGGUGGCGCAGUGCCUCAUGUCGGGUUUCGACCGUGACGCAUUGGCGGGGUGGGGUGCAGUCAUUCACGUCAUCACCAAGGAUAAGGUUAUCACCCGCACCCUGAAGACGCGGAUGGAUUAG